UCAAAAAACAGUUCGCGAUGUGGAGAAGAGAGGUCCCCGUUGGGUGAGAAAUCCGGGAAGGCCCGCCCAGAUUCGAGCCCCUCGCCUUUCUCCCCUGGGUUGGGGGCGCGGGCGAAGCUGGGGCUGGCGGACACCUAGAGGCAUCGGCAGGAGAGGCCGCAGCGGGCGGCCGAGGCGGGACUGGGUGGCCAAGCAGCCAUGCCUACCUGGGGGACUAGCUCCUCGUCCCCUGACCGCUUUGCCGUGUCUGCGGAGGCCGAGGACAAGGUGCGGGAGCAGCAGCCCCAUGUGGAGCGCAUCUUCCGCGUGGGGAUGAGCGUCCUCCCGAAGGACUGUCCUGAGAACCCUCACAUCUGGCUGCAGCUGGAGGGCCCCAAGGAGAACGCCAGCAGAGCCAAGGAGUACCUGAAGGGUCUCUGCAGCCCGGAGCUGCAGGAUGAAAUCCACUAUCCACCCAAACUGCACUGCAUCUUCCUGGGGGCCCAGGGCUUCUUCCUUGAUUGCCUGGCCUGGAGCACAUCAGCCCAUCUGGUGCCUGGGGCACCUGGCUCGCUGAUGGUCAGUGGCCUGACCGAAGCCUUCGUCAUGGCUCAGAGCCGAGUGGAGGAGCUGGUGGAGCGGCUGAGCUGGGACUUUCGGCUAGGGCCGUCGCCUGGAGCCUCUCAGUGUGCCGGAGUACUGAGAGACUUCUGUGCCCUGCUGCAGCCCUGGGAGGAUGCCCACAGAGAGGCCCUGCUACAGCUGCCUCUGGCCGUCCAGGAGGAACUGCUGAGCCUGGUGCAGGAGGCAUCCAGGGGGCAGGGUCCCCAAGCGCUUUCCUCCUGGGACAGGGGGAGCCCAGGCCUGCUGGGUGCUCAGCACCAGGGAGUCAGAGCUCCCCUGAGUGAAGGCAGGGAGUCACUGGACACUGGACCUAUGGGGUGGCGAGAGUCAAGGGGAGAGAAACAUGCUAUGGAGAAGGAGGGAGGGAAGCAGGGUGGUCCCAGGGAGAUGGAUUUGGGGUGGAAAGAGCUUCCUGGGGAAGAGGCCUGGGAGAGAGAGGUGGCCUUUAAGUCACAAUUAGGGGGAGGAGAGGCAGGGCAGGCAGGGCUUCUGAAGGGAAAGACCCUGGGGAAGGAAGGGGUGCCUCAGGAAAGAGGACGGUUCUGUGUCCAGAAUGAGCCUCCUGGUGCCCAGGGCCCCUGUCAGAGGGCAGGUCAGCCCCGGGGAGCCUCUCUCCUCCAGCGGCUCCACAAUGGGGAGGCCUCACCUCCCAGAGUGCCUAGCCCCCCACCUGCACCUGAGCCCCCAUGGCACUGUGGAGACCGAGGAGACAGGGGAGAUAAGCAGCAGGCUGUGGCUCGAGGUCGAGGGUCUCCAUGGAAAAGAGGCACCCGGGGGGGCAAUUUGGUGACUGGCACACAGCGUUUCCAGGAGGCCCUACAGGACCCUUUCACCCUGUGCCUUGCAAAUGUACCUGGCCAGCCAGACCUCCGCCAUAUUGUCAUUGAUGGCAGCAACGUGGCCAUGGUGCACGGCCUCCAGCACUACUUCUCCAGCCGGGGCAUUGCCAUUGCUGUGCAGUACUUCUGGGACCGUGGCCACCGGGACAUAACCGUCUUUGUGCCUCAGUGGCGCUUCAGUAAGGAUGCCAAGGUCAGAGAGGGUCACUUCCUGCAAAAGCUCUACUCUCUCAGUCUGCUCUCCCUCACUCCCUCCCGAGUCAUGGAUGGCAAGAGGAUCUCUUCUUAUGAUGACAGGUUCAUGGUGAAGCUGGCCGAAGAGACUGAUGGGAUCAUUGUUUCCAACGACCAGUUCCGGGACCUGGCGGAGGAGUCCGAGAAGUGGAUGGCAAUCAUCAGAGAGCGCCUUCUGCCCUUCACCUUUGUGGGAAACCUCUUCAUGGUCCCUGAUGACCCACUGGGGCGAAAUGGCCCCAUGCUGGAUGAGUUCUUGAAGAAGCCAGUCAGGGCACAGGCAUCUUCUAAGGCUCAGCAUCCUUCCAGGGGCUUGGUAGAGCACGGUAACCAGCAGCAGGGGAGAGAAGAGGAGGAAAAAGGCAGUAGUGGCAUUCGGAAGACCCGGGAGACGGAGCGGCUCCGGCGCCAGCUGCUGGAGGUGUUUUGGGGUCAGGAUCACAAGGUGGACUUCAUUCUGCAGCGGGAGCCUUACUGCCGGGACAUCAACCAGCUCUCUGAGGCCCUGCUCAGUCUCAACUUUUAAGCCUCACCUGCCUGAGUGGCUGCCACCCUGUCAGCUCUGGCCUCGCUCAGCUCAGCCCCUUCUGUGAGGGUCCCUGUGCUGCUCAGACCCUGACCCAGACCCACUCUGAGUUAGUGCGUUGGGUCAAGGGAGCACUGAGGAAGAGCAUUUGAGUGUGAGAAAUGUUCCUGCCUGAGGCACUUUGGGACAGGUCCAUCAAGUGACCUGAUCUCCUCUUGAGUCAGGACCUCAACCAGCUCUCAAGAGGUUCUGCUCGGUUUUAAUUUCUCAACCUUGCCUUAGCACAGGGUUUCUGUAGGGAGUGGAGGCUGGACAUUGGGACUGCUGGCUUGUCCUCGAAGCUGAGUGGUGGAUGGAGGCUAAGGUGAGCAGGAGGGGAAUGAAGAACGAUGGUAAGAAAGCUGAGCAUUUCCUACCUUGGCUGCUGUUCUAAAUGGUCAGAGGACAGGAGGCUUUCCAGGCCUGUCUGGGCUCCUGAGAGCCUUGAAGGGAAUGCUGGGCCCUGGAAAGGCAAGUGUGAUUGGGGUCUGGGUCACAGUGCGGCAGCAGGGAGCUGGUGGGGAAGGCAGAGGGAGACUUGGCUUCUGGUCUCAGCUGUGCCUGUCUUUGACCUUGAUUGAGCUGCUUGGCUUUUACUUCUGCCUAUAAAUCAGAUGUAAAAAUACCAGUUGGGAAGAGGAAUGAGAACAUGGAGGAGGGCUCCUUGGAGGAAAGGUACUUGGACCAAGUCUCAGGUGUGUGUCUGGCUACACAGGCUUCUGAACCAAAACCUCACUUUUCAGAGAACCGAGAGUCCUCUGUCCCCAGGGCCUGUGCCCUACAGGCCCUAGAUUUUAACACUGCACCCUCAUUAUGAUGUGCCCUAUAAUGGCUGCAUCCCUUUUGGGCAACCCCCAAAUCCACAUUUAUAAAACAGUAAGGGGACUGUUUGCAUUACCAAAAUACUCUCAGGGUUCCUCUAAAUGGCAGCUCUCCUGUUGCAUUCAAGUGUUUGUUUACAGAUUCAGUAACGUGUCAGAAAGUCCUUGGUUCAAUGCACUUGCUGAGGUGUUACGCAUUCACCAAACCGAUGAAGCCAUGUUCUGCAAUGACAAUGACAAUGUGACCUGACCCCAGCAUUUUCUCUACAGAACACGUGUUGCAUAAAGCGAGGUCCACUUCUG